CCCCAAACCCGAGCGGCUGAAAGGAGACCGACCCCCUCUGCCACCCGGGGACCCGCGCCCCACUCGGCCGGCCGGGGCUGGGGAGGAGGCGGGCGCAACCUUCAGCUUCCCCGCGGCACCCUAGGCCGCGGCUGCGCCGCCAGCCGGUACCGGGCCCCGCGCCCGCACAGGUGGCCCGAGCAGAAAAGGGACAUUUGCCAGACACCCCCUCCCCCCUUCUUGCACCACGGAGCGUGGGGUUAAAAGUUGCAAUUGCAAAAGUCCCGCGUCUGAUCUUGGGCCUUAUCUCAGAUAGACAGCAGGAAGGCCUUUAGACCUCUGCCAAUUUUUAACAGCCAGUGACGACUGCAAAUGCUACAGCGCUGGCAGGCAGCAUUUGAGGACGAUUUGAGCUGUGCUUCUUAAAAAUUAAAAAAAAGCGAUUUAUCAAAGUAAAUCUCCCCCAUGACAAUGUCUUCCGCUAAGAUUGAGUGUGUUUUGCGGGAGAACUGGCGCUGCGGUGAGUCUCCAGUGUGGGAGGAGGCAUCCAACUCUCUGCUCUUCGUAGAUAUUCCUGCAAAAAAGGUUUGCCGGUGGGAUUCGCUCAGCAAGCAAGUGCAGCAAGUGACCGUGGAUGCCCCAGUCAGCUCUGUGGCCCUUCGCCAGUCAGGAGGCUAUGUCGCCACAGUUGGAACAAAGUUCUGUGCUUUGAACUGGGAAGAUCAGUCAGCAGUUGUCUUGGCCACAGUAGAUAAAGACAAGAAAAGCAAUCGAUUCAAUGACGGGAAGGUGGAUCCCGCUGGGAGAUAUUUUGCCGGUACCAUGGCUGAGGAAACAGCUCCAGCAGUUCUGGAGCGGCACCAAGGGUCCCUGUACUCCCUCUUUCCUGACCACCAUGUGGAAAAGUACUUUGACCAGGUGGACAUCUCCAAUGGUUUGGAUUGGUCUCUGGACCACAAAAUCUUCUAUUACAUCGAUAGCCUGUCCUACUCGGUGGAUGCUUUUGACUAUGACCUGCAAACAGGGAAGAUCUCCAACCGCAGAAGUGUUUACAAGCUGGAGAAAGAAGAACAAAUCCCUGAUGGAAUGUGUAUUGAUGUUGAGGGGAAGCUCUGGGUGGCCUGUUACAAUGGAGGAAGAGUGAUCCGUUUGGAUCCUGAGACAGGGAAAAGACUCCAAACUGUGAAGUUGCCUGUUGUUAAAACAACCUCAUGCUGCUUCGGAGGGAAGGAUUACUCUGAAAUGUAUGUGACCAGUGCCCGGGAUGGGAUGGACCCCGAGGGUCUACUGCAGCAACCUGAAGCUGGUGGAAUUUUCAAGAUAACUGGCCUGGGGGUCAAAGGAAUUCCUCCCUAUCCCUAUGCAGGAUGAGUGACAGGCCUUCCUUCAUAGUGGAAGAGACUUAGAAGACAACUAGAAAAUUCUGGUGCUGAAAUUUCAGUCUAGUUACAAAAAAAAAUGAAGUAAUGAUAUUAAUAGGAUUAAAUUUUUAAUUACAAUUUUUAAAACAUAGAGCAUUUUUAACAAGGGGUGACAGGUGGUUUUGAUAACAUACUAUAAGGCCUUCUGCAAAAGUGCUAUAGAAAUAUAGAGGUGUUCAACCGUCAACCAGCCUCUUGAUUCUUUGCAAAUUGCUGGUGGAAUCGGGGAAGGGGGAAGGAACCAUAUUUGUUCUUUACUCUGCAUUCGAUACUUACUAUACCUAAAGCUUUAAAACAUUAAUAAAUAGUAGUCUGGUAAUGACUUCCUAUAA